CAACGGUCGCCCUUCUAAGGCAGCGCAAGUGUUGCGUCUAGAAAAUUGUCGCUUACUAAGAAAAAGUAUUUCUUUGAAAAAAAAAAAACUGCAAAUAAGUACUAGUUGCAUGUCAGUGCGUUUUUAUCAAAUAUUUGGGAUUCCAUGAGAUCUCAAAACGGGCGAUGAAACUGAAAAUGCGUUAUAAGUUGCAUUGCCAUCUAAUUUUUUUGUGCAUCUUCAUUAUUUUCACCAACACACCGAUGACGACUCGCGCUUAUCGUUCAACAGGCACAAACGCGCUGAUCGAUUACCCGUUCUAUGAUAUGGAAAUGACAGCACCCUUUCCGAGUAAGCGUUCAAUCUCUUGCGAUUCGUGCGGUAAUGAAUGUUCGAGCGCGUGUGGCACAAAAAAUUUUCGCACCUGUUGCUUCAACUACCUGCGCAAGCGUAAUGAUCCGAACGCCAUGAAAUCAAUCAGCAAUAAGCGCCUCAUCGAUUUCAUACUUCUUCAAGGACGCGCUGCGAUGUACACCUUGGAUGAGCAUCAUCGUAGUGCUGGCGGCGGCGGCGGAGGCGGUGGAGAUGAGGGCAGAGGCGCUGGUGUGGAUGCUGGCAUUGACGGAGAUGAGCAGACUUUCUCAGCAACCAAUAAUGGACGUCGAUUUGGCAGUGCGCAUUUUCAUCACAGAACCGUAUAAAGGGCAAAACACUUAGUUUUAUUUUUUUUUUUUUAAUUUUAUGCGA